AUGACUUGUCGCGGCUCCCCUCUGGCGCCUUUGCUGCUCUUCUCUCUGCACGGUGUUGCAGCUUCCCUGGAAGUCUCUGAGAGCCCUGGGAGUGUUCAAGUUGCCCGGGGUCAGACAGCAGUCCUGCCCUGUACUUUCACCACAAGCGCUGCCCUCAUUAACCUCAAUGUCAUUUGGAUGGUCAUUCCUCUCUCCAAUGCAAACCAGCCUGAGCAGGUCAUUCUCUAUCAAGGUGGACAGAUGUUUGAUGGUGCCCCCCGAUUCCAUGGUCGGGUAGGAUUUACAGGCACCAUGCCAGCCACCAAUGUCUCCAUCUUCAUUAACAACACUCAGCUAUCAGAUACAGGCACCUACCAGUGUUUGGUUAACAACCUUCCAGAUAGAGGUGGCAGGAAUAUUGGGGUCACUGGUCUCACAGUUUUGGUUCCCCCUUCUGCCCCACACUGCCAAAUCCAAGGGUCACAGGAUAUCGGCAGCGAUGUCAUCCUGCUCUGUAGCUCAGAGGAGGGCAUUCCUCGACCAACUUACCUUUGGGAGAAGUUAGACAAUACCCUCAAACUACCUCCAACAGCAACUCAGGACCAGGUCCACGGAACAGUCACCAUCCGGAAUAUCAGCGCCUUGUCGUCAGGUUUGUACCAGUGUGUGGCUUCUAACGCCAUUGGGACCAGCACCUGUCUUUUGGAUCUCCAGGUCAUUUCUCCCCAGCCCAGGAGCAUUGGACUAAUAGCUGGAGCCAUUGGCACUGGUGCAGUUAUUAUCAUUUUUUGCAUUGCACUAAUUUUAGGGGCAUUCUUUUACUGGAGAAGCAAAAAUAAAGAGGAGGAGGAAGAAGAAAUUCCUAAUGAAAUAAGAGAGGAUGAUCUUCCACCUAAAUGUUCUUCUUCUGCCAAAGCAUUUCACACGGAGAUAUCCUCCUCGGAGAACAACACACUGACCUCUUCCAAUACCUACAACAGCCGCUACUGGAGCAGCAACCCCAAAGUGCACAGAAACACAGAGUCGUUCAGCCACUUUGGUGACUUGCGCCAGUCCUUCUCCCUCCACUCGGGCAACGCCAGCAUUCCAGCCAUCUAUGCCAACGGCAGCCAUCUGGCCCCAGCCCCGCAGAAGACCCUGGUAGUGACGGCCAGCAGAGGGUCGUCACCGCAGGCCGUGUCCAAGAGCAAUGGUUCUGUCAGCAGGAAGGCCCGGCCUCCGCCCGUACCGUCACUGAACACACACUCCUACACCGUCAGCCAAGCCACCCUGGAGCGCAUCGGCGCUGUCCCUGUCAUGGUGCCAGCCCAGAGUCGGGCCGGGUCCCUGGUAUAG